AUGGCCAAAGGCAAUGGCACCACCCUUAGGGUUAACCUUUUCAAAUGGAAGACCAAGCUCCUUAGUGCACCAGAGAGCCUGGGAGGCAAACGCCUCGUUGAUUUCAUAGAUGUCGACGUCUUCCUUGGAAAUACCAGCCUUCUCCAAUGCAGCAGGGAUGGCCUUCCAAGGUCCCUGGCCCAUGAGAAGAGGCUUAACACCGACAACGCUGGCAGUAACGUACUUGCCGAUGAUCUUCUGUCCAAGCUUCUCAGCGGUAGAACGCUUCAUAAGGAGGACAGCGGCAGCACCAUCAGAGAUCUGAGAGGAGUUUCCAGCAUGGAUGGAGCCAUCGGCGGCGAAGGCAGGUCGGAUCUUGGAGAGGGAAUCAGGGGUGAUGCCAGGUCGGACACCAUCAUCACGGUUGACUGUGAUGGUCUUCUCUUCCUGAGUCUUGGGGUCAACAAACUUGACAGUGAGAGGGGCAAUCUCCUCGUUGAAAAGGCCGGCUUCCUGAGCCUUGAUAGCCUUCUGGUAGGAGGAGGCAGCGAAGACAUCCUGAUCCUUGCGGGAGAUCUUGAGGUCCUUGGCCAUGUCUUCGGAUAG